CACUGGCGCGCUCUCGAGGGGAAAUAAGUUCAUAUUCUGUACUUGUACGGGUACACAAAGAGUGAAUACCAGCGCACUCGGCGUAUUCCGCACCGGUACAUUGAAUUACGAGCAUCUCUCGUUUUUUCCCUUGAGGACUGGAGAUGGAGACCCAGGAAUCCAUCCCGUCUGGGGCUGCAGUGCUAGCAACAGGCAGAGUGGUCCGUCCCAGCAGAUCCCGUUGUUGACUAGCUGUCUAAGCAGACGGCGACUAUGACUUAGUGCAUAUUGCCUGCUCCAUUCCCUAGAACCACACGGAGGCUUCGACCAUCUUCCCCGUCGAUGGCAGCGCAAGCUGGCGAUGAAGACUCCAAGAGCUCAUGCUCUGGAAGUGCUACUAGAAGCCUCUUUCGGCACACCCUGGCCGAGGCAUGUGCUCCCUCCUGUUCUUGCUCCAGCCAGUCCCCCGCCGGCCACGUCGGUCCAACAUUUGUCUCUGAUGCGUUCUGCUGGCCUUCACCUCCUACGGUACAACGGGAGGAUCGUGACGCUGGCCUCGAGUACUCAGGACAUACAAUAGACAAAUCUUGGGCAUUGCCGCUCUUGGUGCUACAUGCUUCAACCCUGUGUUAUUGCUGCUGUUGCUCCAUCCUGCUCAUAAUGGGGGCGUGUCGAUGAGGCUCCAACGGAUAAGGAGAAUAUAUAUUAGUACUCAAGGCCUGGCGAGUCCAUUAAAACUAGUGGCCCCUUUCCCAGAGCACGGGAAUGCAUGCAUGGCCUCCUCC